GAAGCAGAACUUACUUCCGGGGCUCUCUCGCACAUGGCUUGCUAGACAUCUGCUGAAAGGAACAUGCGUAUGUGUGGAUGCGAGGUGCGGUAUGGCGGAAUGUAUGCCGAAGUGUCUAGGUAGGUUUACGGCGUAAGUUGAUAAUCCAUAUAGUUCCUAAGAUGUCGGGCAAACCAUUAGAAUGGCCCUUCACUCAAACUAGCCUUCAUUCCUAGAGGAUAUCUUUCCAAUGAAAGGUCCAAUUUCUUCCCACUUACAACAGAUCCAUCUAGAAGCCGGGUCCAAGAGUUAUAGGCCCAUAGCACAUCAUCAGGCAAAUGAGACCACCUAUGCGCAGGAACAUAAUGAGCUUCAAGCCAACCUCCUGUCGAUAUGCUCUGCAUACUUAUGGCCCAGAGGGUCUUAUCGCGCCGCCUGCCCUCGGCCGAUACUCAUCCAUGCGCGCCAUCAACAACAACUAGAAGAGUUGCAUGAAGCAUUCAAUACAGCGAUCACCGAUAUCAUUGAUCGAUGGUGGUCUGACCCUGAAGCCAGAUUUCCUGAGCGCAUGCCCCUCGAGAAGGGAGAAGAAAACCUAUUAGAGUGGCUAGAGGAACAAGUUUCGCGUGGAAAACUCGCAAAGUACUCGGCGUGCCAAGGUUCUUGGAGGCCGGACUUUCUUGUAGAGGGGGACAGCACCAAUCCAGACGCCGUAAAUGCAGAAAAGUUUCGAAUCACUGAAAUUAAUGCUCGCUUCUCUUUUAAUGGAUUUAUGCAUGAGGCAUAUGGGCAACAAGCCGUAGAUAAGAUGGAUCUAGGAGCUUACGGAUUGAACAGCGCGACGGAUGCAAGCAAGAUUAUAGACGGCUUGUUCAGUCUAUUCAACCCGGCCCUUCCGCUACACCUUCUUAAGGGCGAAGAACAAGGAAUAGACAUCCACAUGUUCAUAGAUGCCGUUCGGCGUCGGUUCGGUGUCACCCCAAGGAUCAUAAGCCCUUCGGACCUCAGAUUAGUGCCGAACCCUCGAAACAAGGGAGCCAAUAUGCUCUGUUGCGUCGCUAGGACUGACAGCGAUUUUCGCUUUCUCCCCGAAACUCCUACUAUGAUAAGUAGUGGCGGGGAAAUUGUGGAAGAGAUCCACCAAAUAGGACUAGAACUCCACCAACACGAGUUGCUCGCAUUACAACAGGAAAUCCUGCGCCAAGUCAGUCUGCGUUGCUUCAACGACAUGCGGUCAAUCUUUCUCAUACAUGAUAAGCGUAUGCUUGGAGUUGUGAAGCAAGAAAUACCAUCGCUGGUGAUGCGCGGCGUGUUAUCGCCAGCUCAGGCACAUAUCCUCGAUGAGGGUAUUGUGGACACAGUACUUCCGGGUUCAACUGAAAUGGAUCGACUUCUCCAGGCUUCAAGUUGCUCCUCUAAACUCAAAGACCAAUACAUUUUAAAGCCAGCACGAGGUGGAAAGGGCGCCGGAAUCGUAUUCGGCGAAGAUCUAAGUCCCGACGAGUGGGUAUCUUCUCUGAAGGGCUUACAAUCCCCGGAAUUGACCACGGGGACUACCUUCGUCGUACAAGCACGAAUCAAACCACGUUUAUACGACGUGAUAUUGAAAGCGUCUGGAGAGAGGCUGCAGUAUCCACUUGUAGCGGGAAUCGGAUUUGCGCGGUUAGCUGUGGAGGCUCAUGGAUCUGUUCAGUAA